AUGGAGCUGCUGUGGGCGGCGGGGGGGCUCCUGCUGGCCCUGUCCCUCCUGGCCUUCGUCCUGUACUGCUGUUACGUGCGGUACAUCCACGCCAAGUACGACUACAUCCCCGGCGCCCCGCGGGAGAGCUUUUUAUUUGGACACCUGCCAAUCAUAUGGAGAAUGGUGAGGAAACAGGAGUUUACACCAGAUCUCUUCCUGCAGUGGGCAGAAAAAUAUGGACCUGUUGUAAGAAUGAAUGCCUUUCACAGAGUCUCAGUAUUGAUUGUGAGUCCCGAAGGAGUGAAGGAGUUCUUGAUGUCACCGCAGCACCCAAAGGAUCCAAUGGUGUACGGUACUCUCUUCAGCCUGUUUGGUGAGAGAUUCAUAGGGAAUGGCUUGGUAACUGUCUGUAACCACGAGCAUUGGCGCAAGCAGCGGAGGAUAAUGGAUCCGGCUUUCAGCCGAAGCUACCUGAUUGGUCUGAUGGAAACUUUUAAUGAAAAAGCAGAGGAGCUGAUGGAGAAGCUAGCGGAAAAGGCAGAUGGAAAAACAGAGUUUAGCAUGCUGUUGAUGAUGAGCCGGGUGACUAUGGAUAUCAUUGGGAAGGUAGCCUUUGGCUUGGAAUUAAAUGCACUGAGUGAUGACCAGACGCCUUUACCCAACGCUGUGACUAAGAUUAUGGAGGGACUGAACAAGGCACGCAUCCCCUUCAUAAGGUUCAUGCCAGGGAAGCAGAAGCUGGUAAAGGAGGUCAGGGAGAGUGUGAGGAUGUUGAGACGUGUGGCGAAGGAGUGCAUUGACCGGAGGAGAGAAGCCAUCCAGAAUGGGAAAGAAGCCACCAUGGAUAUUCUUACACAGAUACUCAAAGGAGCCGCUCUGGAGGAGACCAGAGACGAUGAAAACAUUCUGGACAACUUUAUCACUUUCUUUGUUGCAGGUCAUGAAACCAGUGCUAACCAGAUGACAUUUACAGUAAUGGCCCUGGGUCAGCAUCCUGAAAUACUGGAAAGGGCUCAGGCUGAAGUGGAUGAGGUUCUUGGUGCCAAGAGAGACGUUGACUAUGAGGAUCUUGGCAAGCUCACCUACUUAUCACAGAUUUUGAAGGAGUCACUGCGGCUGUACCCGCCUGUCUCAGGGACACUCCGCAGGCUGGAGAAGGAGGAUGUUAUCAAUGGCAUCAGAAUUCCUGCAAACACCACGGUCUUUCUCAACACUUACGUAAUGGGAAGGAUGGAAAAGUUUUUUAAGGAUCCACUUACUUUUGAUCCAGAUCGAUUCAGCAAAGAUGCACCUAAGCCAUAUUACUGCUAUUUUCCAUUCUCUCUGGGACCCCGAUCCUGCAUUGGGCAGGUGUUUGCACAGAUGGAGGUAAAAGUGGUGAUGGCAAAGCUGCUGCAGAGGUUUGAAUUCCAGCUGGUGCCAGGACAGAGUUUUAAACUCUUGGAGGCUGGAACCUUAAGGCCACUAGAUGGAGUAAUAUGUAAAUUAAAGCCAAGAAGCUCUGCAAGAAGCUGCCAGGCAUGA